AUGUCGCAAACAACCACACAAACACCAACACCAUUCCCCCAUCCAGGCCUUGAUCACCUUGAGAAUACUGACGAAUUGAAACGCCAAUGCCCUGCAUUUGCUUCUGGUUGCCCUUACGCCAAAAUUCAAGAUCACGCCAACGUCAGUAACUUUGGUGAAGUUUCCAAAUGUCCUGCUUUUCAACAAGGUUGUCCAUUUUCCAACAAGAGCAAGGAAGAGAUUGAAACCAUGCUUUUACAAGUGCCUGAGAACCAUCCUGCUGUCGAUAUGGAAAAGGCCCAAUCCACACCUGAAGGUGCUAUCCUUGUCCAAAUGUUGAAUCAGCUCUUGUCGGAAAGCAGCUUUUCUACUCUCUUUGGUCAAGAAGACCAGGAUGCUCUUCAAAAAGAGCCUGAAUAUCUCAAGGACCCUCAAUUGGCUGGUGCCAUGCGUGAAGGUACCAUGGUAGCUCACAAGGCUGCUGAAAACAGUAUUUUCACAAAACGAUUCCUCAAGGGUGAAAUCAACCGUGAUGAAUAUGGUCGUUACCUUACUUCGCUCUACUUUGUGUACAGCUCUAUGGAAUCAUUAUUGGAAAAGCACAAGGAUAAUACAGCCAUUCAAGUGAUUCAUUUCCCUCAUGAAUUGAACCGAAAGGAAACCCUUUUGAAAGAUCUCGAAUAUUAUUAUGGCAAGGAACGAAUGGGUGACAUUACUGAUCCUGCUACCAUGACACCUGCUGUCAAGAAUUACGUGGAGGCGAUGGAACGUGCAUGUGAAAAGGAUCCUUCCCUUUUGGUCGCUCAUAGCUAUUCGCGCUAUUUGGGUGAUUUGAGUGGUGGUCAAAUCUUGGCAAAGCGUCUAAAGAAGCAUGUAUUGGGUCUCUUGGAAACCGAUGGCACUUGGGAUUCGGAUGAAGGUCUUGCUUUCUACGCCUUCAACAAUAUCGGUAACCAGAAUGCAUUCAAGGCUGAAUACCGUGAGCGAUUGAACACUGCGCCCGUAACCAAGGAAUCCCGAGAUUUGAUUGUGCAAGAAGCCAUCCGUUCCUUUGAAUUGAAUAUUGCCGUCUUUGACGAGAUUCAAAUGCUUUCUGAACAAGGCAAGCUGGUCCCCACCCUUGGUAACAACAGCAAAAAGGUCAAGGUUGGAUCAUCAUCAUCAUCAUCAUGGCCUACCCUUCUCAUUGCCUCUACAGCAGCAGCAGCAGUGGGUGCUUUUAUUUAUGCCCGUUAUUACCAGCGGUCGUAG